GGGUUCGAUACUCGUGGAACGGAAUAUUCGGCAAAUCGCAAUACUUGGGAAAAUAUAUCAGGAAUUUUACAAAGUGGAAAUAGGUUAGAAGUGUCGAAUGGAAAUAGAAUAAAACGAUCAUGGGCUGACGAUUUGGUGAACGCUUUCGGACAAAUUCCUUGUUACGAAACACCGAUUAUAGGAAUGGAUUUUUUAAGCCAAUUUGUCAUCGAGGUUGGUUCAUACGAUGAUCUUUUUCGACUCGAUUACCUUAAAAUGAUCUGUUCAUUACAAUCAGCUUUAAACCAGUCGUUAACGCCUUUUGAAUCAAUCACGCCUUAUAGAGAGUGUAAUGAUUGCAUUUAUUGUAAAAAAUUACCACAGAAUUGCUCAUCUGUUAUGAUAUUCGAUUUGUUUUAUCGUAUACUGCCGAAGGAUCUGAAUGCUAAGCCAAUUUAUAUAAAUGCAUUUCUUCCAAUUUUCACUCUUACCGGUUAUCGUUCACGAGGAUUUUACAAUGCGACUUUAGCGCAUUUUAUUGCCGUCCAAAAUGAUUUACGAAGUUUUUCGAAAAGCAAUCCACAUUUUGUCCUCAAAGGUCUUUCGUUGGACGUUAAACGUGAUAUAUUAUUUGAGGGAGCUCAACGAGAUUCGCUGCUUGCUCUAGGUGCUGCACUGUGUGUCUUCUUUAUCAUAUUCAUCUAUUCCUUGAAUAUUCCUUUUUGCAUUGGAGUUGCAUUUGUGCUUGCUAUAUCAAUAUUAUGUUCACUUGCUGUAUAUUCAUUAUUUGCUAGAGAGUUCCCGUUGCUCAAUCUCGUUGUUUUCGUUUUACUACUGGCGAUUGGAUCCGAUGAUGCUUUCGUUCUUCUUAACUCAUUUCCAUCGACGAUCACUCCAACUAGUGUCCAUGGUUGUCUUUCACAUACGACUGGUGCGAUGCUACUUACUUCAGCAUCAACUGCUGUUCCUUUCUUUACAAAUAUUCUUAGCAGUGUGAUUGUUUUCAGGUGUUUUGGUUUAUUUGCCGGACUAACUUUAUUAUUUAAUUAUAUAUUGGAAAUAACAUUUUUGCCCGCUUUAUUAAUCCUGCAAAAUCGUUAUUUUCGUCGAUCUAUAUGGUCAAUGCAGUUUCCGAGAAUUCGCUAUAUUAUGCGCGAUCUCCUUUCAGCAGUUGUAAUUUCCGGUCGAUAUAUCUGGAUUAUUUCUUUAUUUCUUGUAGCAAUUGGCGCUUCAUUUGUUUCUUAUAGUAAUUUAAGUUUUCCUCAGUAUAAUCCUCUUCAGUUAUUCGUGAGCUCCAAUGAACAUGAAUGGUUCGACAAUAAUGUUGAAUUAUUAUUCGAAUUUGCUAAGAAUAAAUUUGCUAUAGAAAUCUCUAUUCGCCUUGUUUGGGGCUUAAAAAGUGGUGAAAUGGCGGACUUAUUCGAUCUUAACAAACGUGUACAAAUCUCAUACGAUCAUCGAUUUGUGUUGAAUACCACAGCUAAUAUUGAAUAUCUUGCUAAACAACUAGAAAUCUAUCGGAAUCUCGAUUUUAUUCAGCAUGAAAGUCCAUUUUGGCCUGAACGUUUCCUUACGUGGUCUCGUAAUGUUCAAUGCAUACCUGGUGUGCUUUGUUGUAAUCGACUUCACGAAUCAUACAAUGAUACUUAUACUGAUUAUUGUAUUCGCAUAUCAACUGCAUAUUUAUAUACUCAAUACAACGACACACCGAUCUACGACAAUGUCACCUAUGAAUUAGUCGGUUAUACUGCUUUACUGCCGACGAAACUUCCUUAUUCGCAUAAAUAUAAAAAUUUAUCGCAUUCAUUUGGAUUAAUACGCGAUUCAUUUUAUGGCUUAACAAGUUGUUUUUUACGUAAAAAUUAUUUAUUUACAUUGUUCACAGAUGGUUGGUAUACGGCAGAGUGGUCACUGAUGAUUGUUUGGUAUGAUUUAUUGCGAUCCAUUUUAUUCGAUUGCAGUCAGUCGAUACUAUUAUCAUUUAUUGUUGUAGCAAUUUUUACCCUUCUUUGUCUCCGUCUCAAAUCGCCAGUUGCUUUGGCUACAAUUGCGAGCAUUGUAGUGGUUAGUGUUGCAUAUGUUGUGGCCAUUGGUUGGACUAUUGGUGUUUUAGAAGCAGUAAUUCUUGUUCUUGUUGUCGGCUUAUCAUUCGAUUUUACAUUACAUUAUGGUGCAUCUGUGCCGAAAUCUGGAUGUAGUACUCAUAGAAUUCAAGCUGCAAUACGGAAAUCAUCGAUCCCUGUUGCUUUGGCUGCAGUAUCAUCUAUAGCCGCUGGUGCAUCGAUGCUUUUUGCAGAAACUCAUGCUUUUUAUCAAGUUGGAAUAUUUUUAAUAGUAUCGGCAAGUGUUAGUUGGCUUUUCUCGACUUUCUUCUUCUUAUCACUACUUUCAUUUGUUUUGCCAACAGUUUCGUCAUGCAAAUAUUGCCAAAAAUGCCCGACGACAAGUAUUUCAAUGAAUUUCAAGACAACGCCAUUAUGA